AUGGUCGCCGCGCGGCUUUUUGACUUGACAGCCGAGACGUUCCUCGGCUCGUACUUCCGCUACCUGGCUGACCAGCCGUUGCUCCGCUUCAUCUCGGGCAACGUCGCCGCCCUGUACAAAAGUUAUUCGGGCCUCGAGUUCGAUUCGGAACCGGCCGAGCAGUUGGCUGUCGGCAUCGGUCUGGCCAUCCACAUCAUCAUCCUGCUCCUCAUCCCGAUGACGCUCAUCAACCUUUUCGUGCCGGAUCUGGUACACGGUCCGUGCAAUCACGAGGGAUGUCGCGAGAGGGAUGUGCUGAAUCAUGGAGUGUCCGACAGCGGCGAGUUCGACCCGUUGCUUGACAGCGAUGACGACGAGGAAGAAGAUGACGACCCCGAGCACGAGCACGAGAACGAGCACGAGCAUGAUUAUAGCGAUCACGAGGACAAGCCGUCCACCUCCAUGCGGCACCGCAAGCCGAACGUGCCGGCCGAGACGGAUUGC